GUUCCUGUUGGGUUUGGUCCUAGCGGUGACGGCGGCGUUUGUUUUCCCCGGAGUCGUGUUCCUCGGGUUGCACAAAGCCUGGGAACAGUGAGGGCAUUAGGACCAGGAGCAAGGCGCAUGCCUGCCGCGUCUGGCAGACCUUCUCGGGCCGGCUGAGCGGGGAGCUAUGUGUGAAAGGAAAUUAGGCUGCUGCCGGCUUCACAUCUGUUGAGCUGACCCGACCUGCAGGGUCCAAAAGAGGACGGCUGUCAGCUUUGCCAGACUGAGGACCCACCGGCUACCCCCAGACAUCUCAUAGCAGCCUGACAAUUCGUGCAAGGGGGGGAAGCGAAACACGUGGGACUAGACCCCUGAGCAGAAAGGAAUCAUUAUUUUUCCCAAAGAGGAAAAGGGCAUCAAAGGGUGGGGGUGGAGGGAGGCGCAAACAGUUCAGUCUGAAGUCCCUGUGAACGGGCUUUUGGAAGGCAAUUAAAGACGUCCGCUCAGAGAGGACCUGGGCUGGGACUUGGGUCCGUGGCUUUCUGACUGUGAGUGGAAGCCGGUCUUACACACGCUGCUGGCAAAUGUCAGCCGGGGAAAAAAGGAGCAGGUUAAGUGACCGGCACAAAAAACUUCCAGGUGGACCCAGGAAGCCCGGUUCUGCUGCCAGCUCGGAGGAACCCGGGGCAGGAGGACACAGUGAAUUUGAACAUGACCUGUUGCGUCUGGCAAGUUCCAGCCACAUGCUGGUAAGGAAGCGGUGCAGGCGUGGACCCUGCAGACCGCAAUUCCUGCUGCUCCUCCUGCUGCUGGGAUGCCUGCUGUUGAUGCUGGCCGCGCUGCACCCUCCCCUGCCGGCCCUGCCCCAGGCUGCCCCAGCUCAGGUCGCCGAGCACAGCCCCGAAGCCGGGUACCGCCUGGACUUCGGGGAAUCCCAGGAGUGGGUGCUGGAGUCCAAGGACGAGGACCAAGAGUACGGCCCCCUGGAGGACCUGCCGCCCUUCAUCUCGCUGCGGGAGGAUCAGCUCCUGGUGGCUGUGGCCUCUCCCAGGGCGAGAGGGAACCAGAGCCAGGGCAGGAGAGGUGGCAGCUACCAGCUCAUCAAGCGGCUGAGCAGGAGGCCGGACGAGGACGCCCCAGAGAGGGACUGGGCGGCCGAGGAGGAGGAUGCCGCGGAGGCAUCUGAAGAAGAGGCGCUGACCUCGCUCAGCCUGGAGGAGGCGCUCAGUGCGCGCAUCCCCCUGCAGAGGGCGCUGCCGGAGGUACGGCAUCCGCUGUGUCUGCAGCAGCAUCCGAGAGACAGCCUGCCCACAGCCAGCGUCAUCCUCUGUUUCCACGACGAGGCCUGGUCCACCCUCCUGAGAACCGUGCAUAGCAUCCUGGACACAGCGCCCAGGGCCUACCUGAAGGAGAUCAUCCUGGUGGACGACCUCAGCCAGCAAGGACAGCUCAAGUCGGCUCUCAGCGAGUAUGUGGCCCGGCUGGAGCGGGUGAAGUUGCUCAGGAGCAACAGGAGGCUGGGUGCCGCCAGGGCCCGGAUGCUGGGGGCCGCCAGGGCCACCGGGGACGUGCUGGUCUUCAUGGACGCCCACUGCGAGUGCCACCCGGGCUGGCUGGAGCCCCUCCUGGCCAGAAUAGCUGGUGACAGGAGCAGGGUGGUGUCUCCAGUCCUAGACGUGAUUGACUGGAAGACUUUCCAGUAUUACCCCUCCAAGGACCUGCAGCGCGGGGUAUUGGACUGGAAACUGGAUUUCCACUGGGAGCCUUUGCCGGAGCGAGAGAGGAAGGCCCUGCUGUCCCCCAUCAGCCCCAUCAGGAGCCCUGUGGUGCCCGGCGGGGUCGUGGCCAUGGACAGACAUUACUUCCAAAACACUGGAGCGUAUGACCCUCUCAUGUCACUGAGGGGUGGCGAAAACCUCGAACUGUCUCUCAAGACCUGGCUCUGUGGGGGCUCCGUCGAAAUCCUUCCCUGCUCUCGGGUGGGGCACGUCUACCGAAAUCAGGAUGCCCACUCCCCUCUUGACCGGGAGGCCACCCUGCGGAACAAGGUCCGCAUUGUUGAGACCUGGCUGGGCGCGUUCAAAGAAACCUUCUACAGGCACAGCCCAGAGGCCUUCUCCUUGAGCAAGGCUGGGAAGCCGGACUGCACUGAACGCCAGCAGCUGCAAAGGAGGCUGGGCUGUCGGACCUUCCACUGGUUUCUGGCCAACAUCUAUCCCGAGCUGUACCCAUCCGAACGCAGGCCCAGGUUCUCUGGAAAGCUCCACAACACCGGACUUGGCUUCUGUGCAGACUGCCGGGCAGAAGGGGACAUCCUGGGCUGUGCCGUGAUGCUAGCUCCUUGCAGUGACAGCCAGCAGCAGCAGCACCUGGAUCACAUGGGCAGGAAGGAGAUCCACUAUGGCAGCCCCCAGCACCUGUGCUUCGAUGUCAGGCGAGAGCAGGUGAUUCUGCAGAACUGCACCAGGGAAGGCCCUGACAUCCAUCAGCAGCACUGGGACUACCAGGAGGGGACACGGGUUCGAGCCCUGGUCUGGGAAGAUCCCACAUGCCACGGAGCAACUAAGCCCGUGAGCCACAACUACUGAGCCUGCGCGUCUGGAGCUUGUGCUCCGCAACGGGAGAGGCUGCGACAGUAAGAGGCCCGCGCACCGCGAUGAAGAGUGGCCCCCGCUCGCCGCAACUGGAGAAAGCCCUCGCACAGAAACGAAGACCCAACAGAGCCAAAAAUAAAUAAAUUAAUUAAUUAAUAAAAAUAAUAAUAAUAUGUAAAAGAUUAGUGACUAAGAUACACCCAGCAUCUUUCGGGCAUUAAAAAGUAAGGCUUUAAAAAAGUAUUCUCAUUCAGCCAUAAAAAGGAACAAGAUACUGUUCAUAGAAGCAGUAUUCACAAUAGCCAGUAGGUGGAAGCAACCCAAGGGUCCAGUGAUUGACGAAUGAAUAAACAAAAUAUGCUAUAUACAUACAAUGGAAUAUUUUCCCGCCUUAAGAAAGAAGGAAAUCCUGUCAUUUGCUUCAACAUGGAUGAAGCUUGAGGGCAUUACGCUAAGUGAAAUAAGCCAGUCACAAAAAGACAAAUACUGUAUGAUUAAACUUAUAUGACAUAUACAGAGAAGUCAUUUUCAUACAAACAGAAAAUAGAAUGGUGGUUACCAGACACGAGGGGAAGUGGGGAGAGGGAAGUUGUUGUUUAAUGGGUAUAGAGUUUGUUUUGAAAGAAGAAAAAGUUCUGGAGAUCUGUUUCACAACAAAGUGAAUAUACUUAACAUUACUAAAUUUUACAGUUAAAAAUGGUUAAGGUAGAAAGUUUUAUGCUACAUAUUUUUACCACUACAAAGAAAGAAAGAAAGAAAGAAAGAAAUUAGGUACUAUUUUGUGCUACAACAUGGAUGAAACUUGAAAAUACCAUGCAAAGUGAAAGAAGCCAGUCAUAAAAGGCCAAAUAUUAUAUGAUUCCAUUUAUACGAAAUGUCAAGAAGAGACAAAUCCAUAAACACAGAAACUAGAUUAAUGAUCUCCAGUGGCUGGAAGGAAGGAGGAAUGGGAAGUGCCUGCUAAUGGAUAGUACAUUUCUUUUUACAGUGAUGAAAUGUUCUGCAAUUAGAUAGAGGUGAUGGUUGCAUAUACUUUGUGAAUAUACUAAAAUCUGCUAAGUUGUAUUUAGGGCAUGUGAAUUAUAUCUCUAAAUAAAUAAAUGGACAUUAUCAGCA